AUGAAGUUAUUCCUUCAAACUGUCCUCCAAGAUGUUCUAUUUUUUAUCGAUAACUUUUCCACAUUUUUUGCCAGUCAACUGAUUGAUCAUCGCUUUUGGCAGUUCAUUUGUUGCACUUUUGUCUGGCAAACUUUGCAUGUUAUUGAUGGAUUUAUCAUGAUUAUGUUCAAUGACCGAUUCAGUGUCCUAAAAAGUGCUUUCUUCCCGUCUUCAUCUGUUCCAGUCAGUUCUGUGAUGGAAAGUAGUUCGUCAAGAACUCAGCCACGUCGACAAGUUAUUGCAGCAGUCGCAUGA